AACUAUUUUUAGAGUUCAGAGGGAAAGGGAGCAACACAUGGAUAUGUUUCAGAAAGAGGUUACACAGAAGAUCGAGGAGGAAUGGAAAGGCAAACUUGUUCAGUUGAGGGAAGAAAUGGAUUCGGAACGUAGAAGAGAACUGGAAGAUAAACAUAAUUUAUGGGAGAAACAGAAAGAGGAAGAAAUAAAAGAACUGCAAGAAAGGUUGGAUCAAGACCAUAAGAGCGAAGUAGAAUCACUUCGUUCUCGAUUUAGAUUGGCUAUCAGCACGACAACAAUGGAGAGGUCACCAUCUGAUUCAAGUCUUGAAAAGAGUCAAGUCCAGAAAGAUGUGGUUGAACUUAGUAAACAUGAAGAAGCUAUUGCAAACCUUCAGCAACACUUUGAAGUUGAGAAAAAACAACUUGUAGCGCAAGCGAGAGAAACAGAAAAACAGAUAUGGGAGACAAAACUGCAGUCAACUGUGGAAAAGCUGGCUAAUAAAUAUGAGAAUCAGAUGGCAGAAUUCACGGCAAAGCUCAGCAGGGAACAUCAAGAUCAUUGUGAAAACCUAAAGUCUAGAGUACAUGCAGAAAAACAGGUGACAUUUAAUCAGGCCGUGGAACAAGUCAGCAGGGAAAAAGGUUUUAUUGUUGAAUCUCUGCAGAAAGAGAAAGAGGAACUAGUGAUCCAGCUACAGCAAGAAAAAGAAAGGCUAGAAAGUAUAAUUGAAGAACGAGUUGAUGUUUCAUCAGAUAAUGGACGGCUACUGAAAGAGGCACUGGAAAAGGAGAAGUUGGCAUGGUAA